AUGACUCAGAUACAUCAUAUGAUCCAAAACCACUCAUACAGCUAUAUGAUGGAUGGCACUGAGAUCAAGUCAUCAGUUGAUGUAAUCGCAUGUGGUUCCUUGAACAAUACAAACAACCCCGCCACCACAACCAUCACCAACCCACCACAUUCACGAUUACCAUUGUUGACCAAGAUCCAUGCUGGUUACUUUUUCGUAUGCCUUUCCUUUGGUGCACAAGCUUUGCUGUGGAAGAGUUUGAGUAAACACAACAAGGACUCAAACACCCUCUGGCACGGAUUCAAUCUGAUGCCUUCCGUUGCAUUUCUACUACUUUGGUGCGUGGCACUGCUCACUGCCACUACUUUAUCUUUACUUUUCCUGCUCAAGUGCAUCUUGCACUUUGAUACGGUGAAGGAGGAGUUCUCACACCAUACUGGAAUGAACUGCAUGUAUGCUCCUUGGAUUUCUUGGCUUCUCAUGCUUCAAUCAGCACCCAUGAUCGUUCACACAACUUGCUAUUACAAAGUUCUUUGUUUGGCUUUUUCCUUUGUAAUAUUUCUGAUUGAUCUUAAACUUUAUGGACAAUGGUUCACUACCAAAAAGCAGUUUCUGUCUACUGUGGCAAACCCUACUAGCCAGGUUUCGGUUAUAGGGAACUUGGUAUCAGCUCAAGUUAUUGCAGAAAUUGGUUGGAAAGAGAGUGCAGUUUUAAUGUUCUCACUCGGAUUGGUAUUCUAUUUAGUUAUAUUUAUAACGCUAUAUCAGCGUCUGACAGUACUAAGACCAGGUUACUUCUUGUUUAUUGCUGCACCAAGCGUAGCAAGUUUAGCCUGGAAAUCCAUCUCAGGUGCUUUUGUCACCCCAUCAAAGAUGCUCCUCUUUCUGUCUUUGUUCCUUUUUAUGUCUCAGGUAACGUUCUUUUCUGAUUUCAAUAUUCUAGAGCUUUAA